UUCAAAACCAAAAGGAAGCCCUCUAUUUAUUUAAGUACUAAUGGGCCUACAAAUAAAGCUAUGUGUAAAGUCUUGUCUUAUUACAGCUAAAUAUUGGGUUUGAUCUUUAGCCAUGAAUUUCUUUUUAUGGAUAUAUGCACUUCUUAAAAUCUUUUGUAAUCAAGGAAAUCCACAAAACAGAAUUUGUGUAUAGCAAAUGUUUUAGGGCCCAUAUGAUCCAAAAACGAUGACAGCCAUCAAAGCCAUACAGACAGAAUUCUGACUUAUUCAGGGGAAGUAGAAUGGAGCUGUCAUCAAGGCAAGAAAUGUAUUGGACCCAUGCUCAGAUUCAACAUUUUCUCUAUCUGAGUUACAGUCAGUGAUUCCCAGGGCAACUAGUGUGUCCACUCCCUCACCUAAUCCUGCACUGAGAUAUUAUUUUCCGAGUAUGCUUAGUGCAGUCCCCUGGCAUUCUGCUGGCUGGAUGAAGUCCAACUCUAUCUUUGGGCAGUCUACGUCCCCGCUACAUAUCUUGAAUGUCCCUUGGAAUAAGGAGAAGCUUCCAAGUACUAUAUAGUUAGGCUUCUUCUCAAAAGGAUUCCUAGUAUGCUGACUAACUGAAUAUAGCAUGUGCCUGUUUUGUAAUUGGUACUGUCUGUUUAACAUGAAGCUUUUCUUUUUAAAUGACUGAUGAUGUGUGUUGUGUACAGAUUUACUGGUCAACAUUUCCUUAACCUGGCACUAGCUUGUUUUUUUAACUCCAAACUUUUUAUCAGUAUCUCUGAUAGAUUGUACAAUUCUCGACUACCUGAUAAAUCAACUAUUUUAAUCUUCACAAAUACCACAUGCUGAAAGUUCCCCAGUGCACUUUGAUCUUAUGUUCUAAAGCUGUCUUGGGUCUUAUGGAAUGCUUCAACCCAGAGUGAAUUUCAAGCGCUCAGUUCACUAUUGGUAUAUGGGAGGCUUACACAUCUAACUCCCAAUGAUACUGAUUAUAAGCCCUCUGUAUCAAGACUAUUGUUGACCUUUUCGUUAUCAAAACUGCAGUUAAAAUGUAAUUAAUACCAAGUCCAUCCCAUGUUUUUGUUCACCUAGAAAGGAGAAACCUGCACUUUGUAAUGGGACUCUGUGGCUAGUGAUCUCUUUCUCCACCACAGUAACCUCUUAGGCCAUUCAACUUGCCCUUUGAAAUUAGGAUAGUGGGGGUUGGAAUUCAGACUCUUUUCUCUUUCUUGGAGGUCAGCACAAGGCCCUGUAGCAGCCCAGUGUAUAUGAAGAGAACAACUUGCUUAGGCUUCUGCUCAAUAGAGGCAAUGGUUCUUGCCAGUUCCUUCUCAACCUCUUUGGGUAGCUCUAGCACGGCAUAGCUCUUUUCACUUUCUUCCGAAUGCUGCUGCUCGCUACCUGGUGACAGACAAGUAUUCCUAAAAAUAGUAUAUGUAACUGAUGGACAAAAUACAGAAACCAAAUACUGGGCCUUGUAAUGAAAAUGGCUAGUUAGUGAAGCCCAAAUGUUGGGACCAGGACUAUGGGAGGUAGAUGAGGCAAGUGUAAAUGUGAACAAAAGAAGAAACUAUGGGCAUUUCUGUUGCAGGUGACAGCGAGGUGUGGAGAUAAUUCAAAUCCCCAAACCCAUCAUACUGUGUACUGAAAAUUCUGCAGAAGGGAGAUUCUCCAGCAAAAGUGAAAUUAAACAUGGUUCCAUCUCUAAUUGUUGCAUGGUUCCUACUUUUAAACAUUAUAGACUUACGUGUUUUAAUUAGCAUAGAUGCAAUUGAAUUGUCUUAAGUUACUGCCUAACUUCAGAGCAAAAAAUUGUGACCAUUCAUAUUCAAGUAUUUUUCUGUCUUUUCUAGGCGCUUCAGAAAUGGCUACCACACAGUCUGUCUUCACAUGUGCUCUCUGCAUUUUAAUGAUAACUGAAUUAAUAUUGGCUCGAGAAAGCUACUAUGACAUUUUAGGAGUUCCAAAAAAUGCAUCUGACCGCCAGAUCAAGAAGGCAUUUCACAAACUGGCCAUGAAGUACCACCCAGACAAAAACAAGAGUCCUGGUGCAGAAGCAAAAUUCAGAGAAAUUGCAGAAGCAUAUGAAACGUUAUCGGAUGAGAAUAAACGAAAAGAAUAUGACCAAUUUGGCCAUGGUGGAGGACAAGGAAAUAAUGGAAGUCCAUUCCAACAGUCAUUUAAUUUCAACUUUGAUGACUUGUUCAAAGAUUUUGACCUUUUUGGUCAAAACCAAAACUCACGGUCGAAGAAGCAUUUUGAAAAUCACUUCCGGGGUCAUCGGGAGGCUCACACCAGGCAAAGACGUUCUUUCCAAGAUUUCUCCUUUGGAGGUGGACUGUUUGAUGAUGUGUUUGAAGAUAUGGAAAAAAUGUUUUCUUUCAGUGGCUUUGACCAUGCACACCAGCACACAGUACGAACUGAUAGCAGAUUCCAUGGAUCUAGCAAGCAUUGUAGGACUGUCACUCAGCGCCGAGGAAACAUGGUUACUACAUACACAGACUGUUCUGGACAAUAACACUUCCUUUUUCUUCCAUAUUUCUCUUCCCGUUUCCUCACCUUGAUGAUUUUCUUGUUUAGUUGCUAAUAUGGAACAGAAACUUUUCUCUGAAUUGUCUGAUAAACUAUUAAAGUAUUUAAUGUAAUUGCAGUAAAGAAAUUCAGUUAAACUAAUUCUUGCAACUGAAACAACAUGCAGCAAAGUGGGAGAUGAGUGCCUCGUUAUCUGUCUAGAAAGGGUGUGUGUGUGUGGGGAAAUAAAUCCCAUAUCAUAAAACAACAUAAAUGUUUACUAAAUUGAAAUAUAUUUCAAUCUUUUAACAUAUGAAGAGGUUUUUUUAUAUACUCUUACCUUAAUGUGACUUUUGUCUAUACCCCUGGUAGGCUGUUUGACUUACUGAUGCAUGUAUAGCCACAUGAGUUAAACUAACUUAUUGUGAAGUGUUACACUUAAAACUUCCUCUUUUUUAAUUAUCCUUUAUAGACUAGACUUGCAGUAUUCAGUUGCUGUAGAUGACGUUGUGGGAACUAUGUAUAAUUCACACACAAUACAGUAGUGGAAAUUUAGCUCAUCUGCAUUUUAACUUGCAUGAUCAGUACUAGAAAUGUGAAUGUAGAACAUCUUUAAAACCGUGUAAUGAACAGUGUAAGGAACCAUUGCCUGGAGUUUAGAAGUUUGUUUGUAUUUCAAAAUGUCCUUUCAUUGGUCACAAGCCUGUAAAGACUUUAGCAUGAGCAUAACUGUACAUAUGUGAGUUGUCUGACUCCAGUGGGACUACUUUUGUGUGUAAAGUUAUGUACAUGCAAGUCUUUGUAGGAUCCUGGACAUUAUCUAUCUAAAAACUAAAUAUGAGAACCUGUAUUAUUGCAGUACAACUGUUUAGUUAUUUCCCCCUGGAAAAUGGGGUAGUGAAAUUUUUACUUUUUAAAUUCUCCCCAUGAUGCUAUAGUGAACUUAAACUAAGUAAAAUUAGAUCCCUGUGCCUGAUGUGACUUGUAGGUCAAACAAGUACAUUUUUUGUAGUAAAUAGAGCUGCAAACUCCACAUCGCAGAUUUCUUCAUUUAAAAGAAGUAUUGGCCCAGCUUCACAACUUGAGAGGUAAACUCUUCUCAAAGUGAAUAAACAGCAAAAUUGAAAGUUAAACUUUUUGUGGCAUUUGUUUAGUUACAUUUGGCAAUUGAGUCUGCUGUAGUGGUGGCAUCAUACUAAAGUUGUCAUUUGCUAUACAGCCAUCAAUGAAGUCCAUAAGCCAAUAUAAACUGGAAGGAAAACUCUCAGUAUUCAAAUGUCACCCUAAUAGAUCUCUACGUCAGUUCUUGAAGAUUUUCUUUGAGUAUUAAUAUAGGACUGGCUGGACUUCCCUGUAGUCACUGUAUCAAACUGCAUCUUUUCAGUAAGAUGGCCGCCACGCACAAUUGAGAAUUGCUAGUUGUAACUUAAACUAAUUUUUAGAAAUACAUUUCACUUAAUUUAUGUGAAAACUUACCUUUUACGUUGAUUGAGCAAACAAAUUGAGUGCAGGCUCCUGUAAGUUGCAGUGUCCUAAAUAGGUUUCAUCUGUUUAAAAAGCUCUAGACUAAUUUUAUUAUAAGGAAGAAACUUUGCCCUUCAGCUCUCAUUUAAUAUUCUUCAGUUACAUCCUCACUCAUCGUGCUAAGCUUCCCACGACUGUCAAUAUUGUCUUUUGUUAAAUUUCACUCACCUAGAAGUCUAGAAAGAAUUUUUGUGUUAUAUUAAGUGCUUUCUCUUUCACCCUCUGUCUACUUUAUUUAUAAAUUGACUAAUACCUCAUAUUCUGUCUUUAUAAAAAGCCAGUAAUUUGUGAAACCUUAUCAGAAUGUGCAAUAUUCUUAUGGUAGAAAGAAAUGUGCUUUUGUUUUUUGUGCAAGUAGAUUUUAAUUCUGUUGUGUACUUUAAUGUAAAUGUCUGCACUUUUUCCAUAACAUACUCCAUAUGGAUAUUAAUCCUAUGGAUAAAUUUAAGCAAAAAUAGCACCUGUCAUUCAUACAACAUGGGUAUGUAAGUAAACAAAUAUUUACAACUUGA